UCAAACGAGGCCGGAGCUCACAGGUGAUUUUACUUAACGUGACUAACGAGUCAGUGAAUGCAUCAUUCUGUCUGCUCUGUGAGAACAUGCUGCACCUGAUCCUCUCUGCUCUGAUGUUUGUUGAAGCCUCUAAAGAUGUCGACUCCAGUCCUCUACGGGAAGAUGGAAAAGCGUCUCAGGAGGACUGGUUCAUCAAGGUGGUGAAUUAUAUGAAGUCCAGCCCAGAGACUGUAGAAGAGCUGAUGACGAAGAAACAUGCAGUGGUGGAGGGAGACCUGUUACUGCCGAAAAACAGGAACGCGGUGGAGAGCGUCUGGCCGACUCGUGAGAUCCCGUUCGUCAUCAGCUCAGAGUUAGCCAAUCAGAGAGAAGACAUCCUCUCUGCCAUGGCGAUGGUGUCCCAACACUCCUGUGUGUCCUUCCACCAGAGGACCUCCGAGAACAGCUACCUGCACUAUGUGAGCAGCAGAGGAUGUGCGUCGUACGUCGGCUUCAUCGGCGGUGAGCAGACCUUGUUCGUCGGCCCCAUGUGCAUUGUGGGUAACAUCGUCCAUGAGAUUCUCCACGCUCUGGGCUUCCACCACGAGCACACGAGGAUGGACCGCGAGCAGUUCAUCAAGGUUCUCUCUCACAACAUCAUGGAGGGGAAGGAGACAAACUUCGAAAAGCAACGAGGUCAAACCUUUGACCUCCGUUAUGACGUCACCUCCAUCAUGCACUACGGAAGUGGGUUUUUCUCAGUCAACAGUCUUCCCACCAUCGUUGCUUACGCCAACAUGGAGGACAUGGGACAGAGACACAAGAUGACGGAGACGGACAUGGCCAGAGUCCGCCUCCUCUACAGCUGUGAUUUCCCAAAAAGUGAGACGGAGAGCAGCGUCGUGGUGGAGGAGGAGGAGGAGGAUGAAAAUGCUCAUGUGUUGAUCCACGAUGUGACGAAGAAGAAGACGAGUUCUAACAACAAACAGGAUGAAGGUCAAACUUCUGCUCCUCCUCUUCAUCUGUGAUGCUGCAGCAGCUGAACUCCGCCACCAGAGGGCAGAAUAUUUUUUCCAGAUAAAUGCACUAAAAAACAAAUAAAUAAUGACGACAAAGAACAAAAUACUUAAAUGAGUUGAAA